AUGGAUCCUCUGACGGCGCUCAGCGUAGCAGCCUCUGUGCUGCAAUUCGUUGACUUUGGCGCGAAGCUUGUGGGAGCAGGCCUGGAGAUAUACAAAUCCAAGGAAGGAGCCACAGAGCAGAAUCUGGAGCUUGAAUACUUGACAAAGCACACCGACGCUGUGGUUGACAAGCUCAAUAUUGCCAGGAUCUCGAGUGGUCGUCUCGGACCCAGCGAUGCCAGCUUGCAAGGCUUAGCGGAGCGAUGCCGUGUGCUGUCGACAGAGCUCGUGGACCUUCUUGCAACACUCAAAGGAGCUCAGUCGCAACGUACGUGGGUGGCGAUACGGCAGGCUUUGAAAGUGAAAUGGAAUGAAGGCAGAAUCGAGGCCCUGCGGAAACGGCUCGAUGUUAUCAAGAGCGAGAUUUCUCUCCAGCUACUCGUCAUGUUGAGUACCUCACAGAGCUCGUUUGGUACAUUGAUUGCCGAAGUCAACGAAAGAUGUCGGACCCUUCAGCUGCAAAGGGAUGCCUCGUUAGCUGGCUUGCAGCAGAGACUGGCAGUGUUCGAUGCUCAACUCGCACAGUUCGACGAGCUGUGCAAGACCUUUGGCAAGAGCGACAAUCAUGGAACUCCUGCACAAUUAGACUUGGGCUCGGCCGUGGAAGAGGCUGACGAAUUAGCACGACAGCUGCCCAUUCUGGACAGCCUUGCAUUCCUGGAUAUGCCGCAGCGCGAGGUUGAAAUCACAGAAGCAUUUUCAAAUACUUACUCUUGGAUAUUCCUGCCGCAUCUUUCGGCGUUCGCGUCAUGGCUGGCAGCGGGGUCCGGUACGUUCUGGAUCAGUGGUAAUCCGGGCUCGGGGAAGUCCACCCUGAUGAAGUUCAUCGCAAACCAGGACGGCAAUCUCAGGAAGAUGCUGGAGUCAUGGGCGGACGGUAAAACGUUGAUACUGUCGAAACAUUUCUUCUGGGGCACCGGCACUGCUCUUCAGAAGUCAUACCGAGGACUGUUGCAGGGUCUUCUGUACCAGAUCUUUCGAGAAAAGUUGGAUCUGGUCCAACAUGCAUGCCCUGAGCGUUGGGAGGACGCUCUAUGGAAGUCCCAAGUUGGGAGUCGUUGGGACUCCCAACGACUCUCUCGUUCGUGGGAUGAAGUAGAAUUGAAAGAGACGCUGGACCGUGCAAUUCUCAAGAACGCCUCAUCGACGGCAUUUUGCUUCUUCAUCGAUGGCCUGGACGAAUUUGCGGAAAACCAUUUCUCUCUUAUUACCGAUCUCAUCCGGCACUACACGGCCCGUCCGAACGUGAAGUUCUGUGUCUCGAGUCGUCCCUACCCGGUCUUUUCUAGAGCAUUUGCCACUUGCCCUUCUUUCGCACUGCAGGAGAUGAAUGGCCAUGACAUUGAUGUCUUCGUGCGUGGCAAACUCGAGGAGGAUCCACGAUUUCAAGAACUUGCACAUCGUGAUGCCCAAGCAGUGGAACUGGCCACUGAGAUCCGACGCCGUGCUGUGGGGGUCUUUUUGUGGGUACACCUUGUCGUCACCGAGUUGAUGAGCGGCUUGAACAACGAGGACGACUUCCUCACCCUCCGAAGACGCCUGGAUCUACUGCCCAAGACGCUCAAGGAGUUCUUCGAGCACAUUGUGGAUUCGGUCGAGCCCGUAUACCAAGUGUGUACCGCCAGGUCGCUGAUGCUGGCCCACCGCGCUCGAGAACCUCUGCCGAUAUUGACCUAUGCAUUCCUUUACGACCAUUUUAACGACGAGUCGUCCCUCAGCCGAGUAGCUAUUCAGCCACUGUCAAGACAAGAUAUUCAGGCGAAACGCAAGGACGUCAGCACCAAAGUUAGCAGCUGGUGCAGAGGUCUCAUGCAAGUCGUGACCUACGACACUUCCAUCACCUGGGCGCCGCUGAGCCGAUACCGCGUUGACUUUCUCCAUCGAUCCGUGCGUGACUUCCUCGAGACCUCCGAAAUGCAGAGUUUCCUGCAAAAGAGGGUCGGAUCAUCGUUCUAUCCUGAAGAAGUGCUAGCACAUCUGUUCCUCACCCAGGCCAAAGUCGUCGACGUGCAAAAAGGUCUCCAAGACGAAAUGCAAGCGUUCGAUUUCAUGGCCACUCAGGCGCAGUACUAUGCUAAAUUGCACGAGACGACAAACAAGGACAGGGUUGGAGCAUCAUUCGUUAACGAGAUACAUCACGACCUCGAGAAGGUGAGACUUUGUCUCACGCAGCAAAAUUCAGCCCUUCAAGUGCCACAUAGAGCACCGCGGGAGCAUUCCCGGGACAGCAGCGCAUCAUCUGCGGGGAGAAGGCGUCCUCUCAGGACGUUCUUCGCAAAGCUUCGUGGCUCCUAACGGUGCCAUGUUCAUCCCACGGGCUGGAGACCGGCGAAGGUAGCCCAUCUCGGUCCACCUUCUCUUUCUCGCGCCCGCCGCUGUGUUACCAGUACACCCGCCGCGCGGCGUAACGCAUACCGCGGGAGAUAUGUCUUCGUACGAAAACGAGCGUUUAAAGGGGAGUCGUUGCAAUUCAAUUCCUGCAUCGUGGCGGCAUAUAUCUUGGCGAGCGUCGCAGCGCCAGGUGUGUCAUGGCGUUGCUUCCUGUCGCUCCAGUCGUCCAUGGCGAUGCUCUCCAUCCCAAUCGGGACGUUGAUGCGUGUAUACCAUGUGAACUCGCCCGUCGCGUACCUUCUCGCCACCUCAUGCUGUCUCUCGCCCUCUGCAUAUUGCACCAACCUUUUGGACAUGAAUCGUUUUAUCUGUUUGUUCAUGAUCCCGGGCAGAUGACGGAAAAC